AUGGCCAGUCCCGGGCUGGAUCUGGGAGAGGUUCAGCCUCCUCCCGACCCCCCCCAGCCUGAGCUGGCCUUCACCGAGGCUCAGAAGUGGAUCGAGCAAGUGACCGGGAGAAGUUUUGGUGAGAAAGAUUUUCGUUCUGGAUUAGAAAACGGCAUUCUUCUGUGUGAGUUGCUGAAUGCAAUAAAGCCAGGACUGGUAAAAAAGAUCAACAGACUGCCAACCCCCAUUGCAGGUUUGGAUAAUAUCAUCUUAUUCUUAAGAGGCUGUAAAGAGUUGGGACUUAAAGAAUCUCAGCUUUUUGAUCCUGGUGAUCUGCAAGACACAUCCAACAGAGUAACCAUCAAGAACACUGACUAUAGUAGGAAGCUGAAAAAUGUAUUAGUCACCAUUUAUUGGCUAGGAAAAGCAGCAAACAGCUGCACAUCAUAUAGUGGAUCAACCCUGAACCUGAAGGAGUUUGAAGGUUUGCUGGCACAAAUGAGAAAGGAAACAGAGGACAUCGAGAGCCCGAAGCGCAGCAUUCGCGACAGCGGCUACAUAGACUGCUGGGACUCGGAACGCAGCGACUCCCUCUCCCCACCUCGCCACGGCAGAGAUGAUUCCUUUGACAGCCUGGACUCCUUUGGCUCCCGCUCGCAGCAGACACCGUCUCCAGAUGUGGUGCUGAGAGGGAGCAGUGAUGGGAGAGGAAGUGACUCAGAAACUGACCUGCCACACAGAAAGAUGCCAGAUGUGAAGAAAGAUGACAUGUUGGCGAGGCGAACCUCACAUGGUGAACCUAAAUCAGCUGUGCCUUUUAACCAGUACCUCCCAAACAAGAGCAAUCAGACUUUCUAUGUACCUGCUCCACUUCGGAAGAAGAAAGCUGAACGGGAAGAGUACCGCAAGAGCUGGAGCACGGCGACCUCACCGCUAGGAGACAGACCUUUUAGCAAACCCCACCCUGAAACCAUAGAAGAAGAGCAGAAUGAAACAUCAGGACUCUGUGGAAAGGAGGAAGUGGGCUCCAUGGCUCCCGAGGCGACCUCCCUUAAAAAUCAAAUAGGUUUGAAUCAAAACGAAGGAAACUCCAUAGAUCAGUCUCCUUCAUGUGGUGCAAAAGAAACACCAGCACCCAAGGGGAAAGAUGCAGAAGAGGUCAGGAAGUUAAGAAGACUGGAAGAGGCUGGCAUUACGGUCAUGUCAGCAGCUCAGCGCUACGGCAGUCAAAAGCCAACAUGUGAAGACCACAGAGGCACCCCAGACAUCAUCCUUCGCAAGGACAAUCCCUUCAUGACAUACUAUCAAGGGAAGGAUUCUGGAUCAGAAGAUGAAGCAGCUACCAGAGUUCCUGAUUUAGAAAAGGAUGACUUUGCCACUCGGAGAGCCAGGAUGAAUCAACCCAAACACAUAGUUCCUUUUAAUUCCUUUUUAAUUGGACCCUAUACAAAUAAAGAUAAAGGUAAACUGGAAGAUGUUAAAAAGCCAUUGCAGAUGGAAAAGCAGGAACAUGCAAGAAGAAGACGAGUGCACAUGGCAUCAGCAAGGGAAAUAGUGACAAGCAAAGAGGACCCACUUCAGCAAACUGAGAAGACUGAGUCAGAGGAGGAACAGGAGGUGAAAGGGCCUGAUGCUGAGAGAGAUGACUUGGCUAGACGGAAAUCUCAAAGCACCCUUCCUCAGCUACGAGGGGAUGUGCCUUUUGUGAAUGCCUCUAUAACAGAAGCAGAUCUGGAGACCUGGAAAAGAUUGAAACUGUCAGGGGAGCCCAGUGAAGAAGAUUUCAAAUGUCCCAAUGACACUGUGCCACCAGCUGAAGUCCCGGUGAAAGCUGCAGCCCAGGAUGAUUUUGCUGUCCGCAAAGCCAGAGCAAACAAAAAGGCUGGUAGUCCCAAGCAGAAGUUUGUGCACUUUGGGCCAGUAACUGAGAUUGAUCAACAGAAAUGGGACAAGCUUGUUAUUGGUAGAGCUUCAUCCAAGAGUGGAGCAGAAGAGGAAAUCAAGAAAGACAGUGUGGAGACUCACUCUGGUAUUGAAAGCUCUCCUUCAACCCCUGUUGGCAGUCUUGAGCUUGCUGAGCACAGCGAUGAAGUAGCUAAGCCACAGAAUGAGUCCAGUGAGGUAUCCAAGUCAGGUACAGGUGACUCUUGCAGGAGAAUGCCAUCACCCAUCCCACCUCUUGGCAGCGUCUCUGAGAAACCCUCGUGCAGUUUGGACAAACAGCAAGAAAGCACCAAGGAAGAGUGUGAUGGGCAUGUACCAGAUGUUGAGAGAGAUGAUAUGUUGGUUAGAAGGAUGGGAACUUUUCAGAGGCGUACCACUAGCCCCGUUCCCAUCCAUUGUCCUCCUCUGUCAGUAGCUCCUCGUCUGCUGCAGCAGCGGCAAGGGGAGGCAGUAGCUCGUGAGAAGCACUUGAAGACUCCAUGGGAAGCAGAAAGUACUGUCACACGAGAAGAGAGCCAAGGGCAGCUUGAAGUCUCUCAGCUGCAGAGUGGUGGUACAGAAAACAAAGUGAAAUUUCCAGACCCACAAAGAGAUGACAUGUUGGCCAGAAGAACUGGAGCUUUUCUAAAACAACCUGGGCCCACUGUUAAGCAGUUCCUUCCCAUGCCAUUUUCAAAGCAGCAGAAUAAAGAGGGCACAGCUAGAGAACUUGAGAAGAAAACUAUGAGGCCUGAAAAAUGUCCACAAGUGUGCGUUAAUAGCUCUGGGAAACCUGUAAUACAACCUCCACAAGAAGAGCAGCAAGAGCAGGAAAAAUGCAAUCUCCCUCCUGCAGGACAAGAUGAGACUGUUUGUACUGCCCGAGUGGGUGAAGGCAGCCUUAAUGAAGUCCACCUGGAUCAAACAUCUAAGCUUCAGGAGGUUCCUGAGGAAAACAAAACGGAAACAUUGUCAUCCAAGGAUGAGCAUCCGCAAACAUUCGGCCCCAGAACUGCUGUGUCUGAUGACGCAGAGAGUAUGAGCAUGUUUGACAUGAGGUGUGAAGAAGAAGCUGCGACUCAGCCUCACAGCAAAGCUCGCCACGAGAAACUACAGAACGUCCACAACCAGCUGAAAGAGGAUGAGACCAGAUGGCAAGAUGACCUGGCUCGCUGGAAGAGUCGUCGAAGGAGCGCUUCACAGGACUUAAUAAAAAAAGAAGCAGAGAGAAAGAAAAUGGAAAGGUUGUUAGCUGGAGAUGGCACAAACGAGCGCAGAAAAAGCAUCAAAACCUACCGAGAAAUCGUGGAAGAGAAAGAGAGAAGAGAGCGGGAGCUGCAUGAGGCAUACAAGAACGCAAAGUCCCAGGAGGAGGCUGAGAGCAUCCUCCAGCAGUACAUCGAAAGAUUCACUAUCAGCGAAGCUGUCCUCGAGCGUUUGCAGAUGCCAAAAAUUCUGGAAAGAAGCCAUUCAGUGGAGCCAAAUUCCCCACUGAAAGACCCAAAUCCUCUGAGAUAUCUGAGGCAACAGUCGCUGCCUGCUCCAAAAUUCACUGCCACCAUCGAAGCCACCAUCAUUCCCACCGCUGAACUAGAGCCCAGCAGUUCCACGGGCCGCACCUCUCCCAGCAAAAGCGUCCCCAAGGCUGUGCCUAUGCUGACACCCAAGCCUUACACACAACCCAAAAACACACAGGAAGUUCUAAAGAACUUUAAGGUAGAUGGAAAAGUCAGCAUGAAUGGAGAGAAUGUCAACGGCGUGGACGAGAAGGACAAAGAGAGUACCCCAGUAAUAUUUACUCCUUCGCCGAGCAGAUCGCUGAAAUUUGACGGAGUAGCCAGAGGGGACAGGCCCCCAGUAGAGUUGAAGAAGGACCCCACAAGUGUUGAGCUCAGUUUACAGAGGCCUGCCACUCAGAGUGUGCACAAAGAGCCAACAGCCUCCACGGUGGCAGCAGAUGCAGCCACCAGCCAGCAGGUCGAUGCCAGUCCUGGAAGUGCGAGACCUGCGAGCCCGGCGUGCCCAUCCCCAGGUUCAGAUCAAAAGCAAUUCAAGUCAACUGCAGCUUGUGCCAGCCCUGUUGUGAAGAGAUUAGAAUUUCUCCCCAGUCCUGUCCCUUCAGAGGAAACAGCUUCAAGUGAGAAGGAUGUGAAGAAACCCGAAAGGGAGCAGCAGAAGGAAGCAGAGGUCCCUGCUACACCAGAGGGGAUGAAACCAAAAGCCCUGGAACAAGAGGGGAGUGUAGUGUUGCCAUUUUUAAAGAAACUACCUGAGCCCAGCCAAGUUACUCUGCAGUAUUCUGGUCUACAAGAGCCGGCCCGCGGGGCCGCGCUUCCGCUCAGGCUUCGCAACAACUGGCGGCGCUCACAGUUUUUCUCGCAGUCAGCCGAUCCUGAGAGUGGUGACAAAUCAAAUCGUUUCAAUUUUUGGUCCUGGGAUCCAGAAGAAGAGCGAAAGCGCCAGGAAAGGUGGCAGCAUGAGCAAGAACGCUUGCUUCAGGAGAAGUAUCAGAAGGAGCAGGACAAACUGAAAGAAGAAUGGGAAAAGGCCCAGAGAGAAGUUGAAGAGGAGGAGCGUAGAUACUAUGAGGAGGAACGUAAGAUAAUUGAGGAUACUAUAGUUCCAUUCAUUGUUUCUUCGAACUCUGCUGAGCUCCUUUCCUCUUCUUCCUCUACCACUGAAGGAAACAAGACAGUGAACUCAACUGCUUCAAACAGCUCUCCAGAGGAAGGCAAACAAAAAGAAGUUACAAGGCAGAAAAAGCUGCUGUGGGAGCAGGACAGCAUGCUAUCUCUGAAAAGCAAGGAAAAUGAACUCUGGCAAGAAAAGAGGAGUGGAAAUAAAGUGCUCUCAGGCCACCCAGAGCUGGGCAUCUUGAAAGGAGGAGAGCAAGAGCACCAGGUGCCAACGAUGGAGCGCCUCUCACCUGCCAGGCUGAAUCUGCCAUUGACUCAGGACAUCUCCUGGAAUCAGCAGCUGCUGACAAAGCAGUCCCCGCAUUGCACAGAGGACGUUCGGCAAAGACCGUUUCUGAGCCAGAGUGCAGGACAGCAGCUGAGCUCUGCAGGGGAAAUGAGGAGGGCAGGCUAUCACGAGAACUUCCGAUCUGGACCAUCAUCUCCCUGCUCUCCUGCUGCUCCAAGUCAGUCACCCAACAGGUACAAAAGGUCUGUCAGUGGAAAGAAGCUUUGUUCCACCUGUGGGCUUCCCCUUGGGAAAGGAGCUGCCAUGAUCAUCGAAACACUCGGUCUUUAUUUCCAUAUCCAGUGCUUCAGGUGUGGCAUUUGCAAGGGACAGCUGGGAGAUGCAUCAAGUGGGACAGACGUCAGGAUUAGAAAUGGGCUUCUGAACUGCAACGAUUGCUAUAUCCGAUCCAGAACUGCUGGACAGCCAACUACAUUGUGACAUGACUUUCAGUCCUAAUAAUUUUCA